AUGAGAUCAUGCGGAAUCAGAGGAAGAUUAAAUCCGGAAGGAUUUUCAAGGUUUGGUAAGACAUGCGACUAUAUUUCGAAGAUUUUUGCCUCUACUUUUCCGCUAAUCCUUCGUUUUCAGUUAAUUUUUCAAUGCAAAAUCUGCAGUGGGGGAUGGACCAAGCUUCUGUUGCCACCGUCCGUCGACUACUUGUAAGUUCAACAUUACCCUCUUGCAUGUUUUGUUUUUAGUUCGUCUCAAAGAGGUUCUUCAUAGCCGUGCUGAGGCAAUUAUCUUCAACAAGUGUGCUGGAUUAUAGAAACGAUACCCCCUUGUUUCGUUUAUCGGACAGCCUGGCAAUUCCAAUUCCUACGCUGGCGUCUAUCCAAUACCCCCAUUUGAUCAAGAGUUCGAAAUAUGUUAUCACCAAUGAUAUCUCACCAGCUUUCUUGGAAAUCAUUAGAAAAGCAGAAAGUAAGUGCUUAAACGACUAUUCUAACUAUCUUGUUUCCGCAUAAUCAACCAACUGUUUUUAGAAAUAACAGAUCUCACAAUUGAAAACAUAUUGGAGCCAAACUCUUCCGCUUCAGACGCUAUUGUAAAACUCCUAACUCACUAUAGGAAAACAUUAAAAAGGCUUUCAGUCCCAUGGAAUUUUGGAACAAGAGUGCGAUGGAUUGGGCUUGAGCUAGAAGAAGUUAUAAUAACCGCUAACGGUAGGAAAUUUAAUAAAGCUUUCUAAAUCAUAACCGUACAGCAAAAAAUUAUAGAUGAUUUCUAUUGUAAUUUCGGUAUUUUUAGGGUGCGAAGCAGGACUAUCGCCCCUGAAUAUUCUUCAUGUAAAAGCACACAGAAUCCGACUCGAAGGAACUAAUAUUUUCGAUUGCAUCAAACCUGCUUUAAUGGUUUUGUACGACCAGCCAGAUCUGCCGGACAUCUAUGAAUUAGGAAUCUGUAUGGACAAAAUCUGGGGUGAUUUCGAGUACAACUUUUUCUACAUUUUAAUGGUUCGAAUAACUUCAAUCCAAAAAGUUAACAUAAUCAUUCGCGAGCCUCAGCUCACAGCGCAGGAGCUAAGAAACACGCACCAGUUUCAGGUCUUCCAAGACGUUCUCGCUUCGCAAAGACACGGGUUAGAAGUUGAUGUUGUAAAGGAGUUGUAAAUAGUAAAAUAAAUGUAAUAAAUAUACGAAUUUUAUCACUAUAUUUGGAUUGGAAAAAACUGAUUUUUGCCUAUGGCGCGAAAAUCUCUUUCAAAGUUUUCCCAGAGUUUUUCGAACGAAAUCACUUUACAUUCGUCGCAACUGCCGACUGGUUGGGUUAUUCUUCCCAUUUGGACUCUAAAUACCGGAAAUUCAGCUUUGAAACAGCAACAUUGGUAAGAAAAUACAUGGGAUUUUUAAAUUAAAAUUCGCGCCUAUGUUAGUAUUUACUUAUACACAUAAAAACGGCUUCGACCGACCCGAAAGUCAUCGAUUUCAUUUUGAAAAUUUAGCCGAAAACGUUGUGGAUAAUAUAAUUUUUGCCUGCCGUAAGAUGGUAUAAAUUUGCGAAGACGUUGUGGCAUAAUCAAAAAAUCGGUUUUUGUGACAAGAUUUACGCGAUUUCAAGGUUCGUGACGAGUUUCGCGCGCAAAAAGUAACCAAGAGGAACAGUUGUCACUUUGUGUCAACUCUAUCUAUCGGCAUUUUUUCAUCGCGUUGACACAAAAUUGUGCAAUUUUUCGAUCUUUUGUAAUUUUCAGAAUGAACUCUUCAUUGGAUCCGAUGGUAAAUUCCAAAUGUAAGGUGGAAAAGCGACCUUUACCCGUAUCCACUCCAUCAUCUCAAGAGCCACCUCGCCGGCGCUCUCGGGACCAUGGCGAAGUCGUGGAAAACGGAAUAUUUAUCAACUUGAAUAGCCCAAUCAUCAGUCAACCUCCACCUGUCUUUAUCAGCCAGGAAAUGUUGCAAGAAACCGGUUGGAAGCAAGAGGAGGGUAAGUUGGAUAUUAUUUUAGGUGCACUAGAUGGAUUUCGGUUUUUUGAAGUGAAAUUGGGGUUUGUUUUUGUUGGAUUUGCAGUUGAUAGAAAGCUUAGGAGUUCAUCUUGCUGAUGAGGCAAUUUUCUGCUUCAAUUGUGUUCAUUUACCCCAUAGAAAUAUAUGAUUUUAGAUAACUGAUACCUAUUUUUUCUAAUGUUUGAAUUAUUGCGAAAACAUCUGUUUUUUCAGAAACGUACUACCCUAACAAUCCAGGCGUCUACAAGACUUCACCACCAGGAUUCUCCAGCUUGGAUCCCCCUCGCAUUUCGCAGGAUCUUAAUUUUAAUGAUUUUCCAUUAGAAAUGUACCAGGCACAAUACAUAAGCCCAGAAGAUCGUCCAGCCGACUUUAAUAUGAAUGAUUAUCUUCGAUUCAGUCAAGUUGGAAGUCAGGGAGAAGCACAAGAGAUCUUGGGACCAAAUAGUCAACCAGAAAUGGAAAAGCCGAGUCAAGAAGAGAAAGGGGAUUACAAAACGGACGAAAACUACGAAAAGGCCGAGAAUUUCAGUGUUUUUGUGCUGAAUGAUGAGUCAAAGAGCUGCCAUGAUACUUAUGUGAGCUUUUUAUUUGGUUUUUAUGCAAGUUUGGGGAGACUAUUAAGGGAUCUUUAUGUUAUCCAUGGCCUUGCUCGGAGGUUCGCUGAAAAUUUGAUUUUUCAUUAAGCCUGUGCAAAUUUUCUUUAUGGAAAUGACUUUUAUAGGAACUACGGUUCCUAUUUGACUUAACGGGAUACGUUUUACUAUGAAACUCAGCCAGGUUUGCCUUUUUUUUAACUAGUUUCUUUAUAUGAUGUCUAAUGCAAUAUAAUUUCAGUACGACCAUGAGAAUAGCAUCUUGUACACUCGCAAGGACGUCACAGUCAAGUUCCAAGUCGGCGUUUACACUACUGCUUUCCUCUCCCACAAGGUCCGUCUCACCAUCACAGCCGAUCAAUCCCAGCUCUUCAGUGGGAAGCCGUGUAAAGACCACAUAGAUCGAGUUCAUUAUGCCCGUCCCGGAACUGGCGGAUUUAUCAAAACGACGGAUAAGAAAGUAGUGAUCGAAAUGCCAUAUCCGUUGGCGGAUCAACCGCAUUUGGAGGUGACUUUCAGCUGCCACAACAGUUGUUUCAAGACCACCAAAAAGUUCUUUGACAUGCUGUUCGAAUUGCACGAUAAUACGUAAGUUUUAGGGAUGAAAAUGAGGCGAAGAGCAUAAGAGUUUAUAAUAUAGCGGAGCUUGUCUUCAGCAAUGCGUAGGAUUUGUUUUGGAGACAAUUUUUGAUGUUAUACUAGUCCUUCCGGAAAGUCGCCGGACUGAAAUCGGCGACAUGCACUCCGCGAAAACGAAAUUUCACUUUGCACUGUGCAAUUUUUGGCUUUUUGCACUGUGCAAUAGGCUUUUUCGAGCUGUCGCUUGCACCCUGAGUUUUUUCUCACAGUGCAUGUCGCUGAUUUCCGUCCGGCGACUUUCCGGAAGGACUAGUACUUGACAUCAGAUAUUUUUUUUUGUUCUUUUAGGUUGGCUAUGAAUUUUUAUCCUUAGAUUUAUGUUUAAUAUGGAUUUUUAUGCUGUAAAUAACAUAUUUCAGCGAUCGAGUCUUUCAACAAGUCCGAAUGCGGCUCAAAGUCUGUGCUGUUCCAAGCCGAGACGCCAAGCUGAAUGGAAGAAACAAUCCGGCCAAGGAAAUUGAACUCAAAACUGCACUGGAGCAAAUUUCUUCUGAUCCUAAAGUGAUAUUUGCACCGGUAAGAAAGUUUUUUAUUUUUUUUUCAAGAUUUUUCGGAAUUUUGAUUAAAAAUUUUUUUAUUACUUUUAGUUCUUCGGCGUCGACAUUUUCAAACGAGUCGUUCAGAUGGUCAGUGACAGUGAGAUCCGCGAUCGUCACUUUAGUUCCAAUCAAAAUCAGCACCUCCUUCAUAACAGUCAAAUCGCGAAAGAUACGGAGAUCCGGGUUUGGCUCUCCAGGUUCCAGCAGGAUCAUUAUACCAAUGUGUUCAUGGACAAUGGAAUCAGAACGAUGAAGCAGUUGUGCUGGGAAUUUCAUAAGGAUCAAAGGGUAAAUUAUUUUUAUUUGAGUUGGUUGGGUCUGGAAAAAGGAAACUACUUGAAAAAUUAAAAAUCGUAUUUUCUUGAUGACUUCUGAGAGAUUUUUUGGAUGUUGAUGGUGGAUAUAGGAGAUGAGAGUCUUUUUGAGGCUAAAUAGGGCUGUUUGAAGUAUUUUGAGACGAUUUUUUUUGGGACUUUAUUGCGGUUGAUAUCAAAUUUUUGAUGUUGUACUUGGUUUUCUGAUGUUUUUGGUACUUCAAAGCUUGGUGUAUAUCAUGUUUCGGCUUUAUAUGAAAUUUGAGGGUCUUACCGACGAUAAUAAGCAAGAAUUUUACCAUUGUUUAGCCUUUUUUUGUCCAUCUGACAUCAAUUUUUUUAUAUUGUACUUGAUGUUUUCGAUAUUUUUUUUGUAUUGUAAAGCUUGAUUUACGCUUUUUUUUGGGGCAUAUCAGAAAUUUUAAGCUUGUUAUACCAUUUUCCAACUGCUUCCACAUUCAUUUUUGUUGUAUUUCACCCUUAAUUUACUUGUUCUAGGUGUUCACCAAACUCAAGAUCCCCGCACAUUGCGCCAUGGGCAUGAGCAAGAGUUUCAUCAACUGGCUCUACUCGACCCUUCAGGAAGACAAGGCCUUCCUCGACGAAUACAUUGCCCGUCUUGCCAUCGCGCCCAAAUAA